GUGUGGGGGGUGAGUCUUGUGGCUUUGAGCAGCUUCUCCGAAGAGGACGUGGCUUAAGUGCUCCAGGACGCGUGCCCCGAGCCCGGGAGGCAUGCUGAAGCCGGGCAGCCGGCAGGAUGAGUUUGCACGAAGCGGGCAGCUCCGGCCACCGGGAGCAGGCAGCCUACCACCUGCACAUCUACCCCCGGCUGUCCACCACCGAGAGCCAGGCCUCCUGCCGCGUGAUCGCCACCAAGGACAGCACAACGUCCGAUGUCAUCAAGGAUGCCAUCACCAGCCUGCGGCUCGAUGGCACCAAGUGCUACGUGCUGGUGGAGGUCAAGGAGUCAGGCGGCGAGGAAUGGGUGCUGGACGCCAACGACUCACCCGUGCACCGCGUGCUGCUUUGGCCCCGGCGGGCACAGGACGAGCACCCACAGGAGGAUGGCUACUACUUCCUGCUGCAGGAGCGCAACGCCGAUGGGACCAUCAAGUACAUGCACAUGCAGCUGGUGACCCAGGCCACUGCCACCCGGCGCCUGGUGGAGCGUGGCCUCCUGCCGCGGCAGCAAGCGGAUUUUGACGACCUGUGCAACCUCCCUGAGCUGACUGAGGACAACCUCCUGAAGAACCUCAAGCACCGCUUCCUGCAGCGGAAGAUCUACACGUACGCAGGGAGCAUCCUGGUGGCCAUCAACCCCUUCAAAUUCCUCCCCAUCUACAACCCCAAGUACGUGAAGAUGUACGAGAACCAGCAGCUGGGCAAGCUGGAGCCGCACGUCUUCGCGCUGGCUGACGUGGCCUACUACGCCAUGCUCAGGAAGCACGUCAACCAGUGCAUCGUGAUCUCGGGCGAGAGCGGCUCCGGCAAGACGCAGAGCACCAACUUCCUGAUCCACUGCCUCACAGCCCUCAGCCAGAAGGGGUAUGCCAGUGGUGUCGAGAGGACCAUCCUGGGCGCUGGCCCCGUGCUGGAGGCUUUCGGAAAUGCCAAAACGGCCCACAACAAUAACUCCAGUCGAUUUGGGAAGUUCAUCCAAGUCAACUACCUGGAGAGCGGCAUCGUGAGAGGAGCUGUUGUCGAAAAAUAUCUGCUUGAAAAGUCUCGCCUGGUCUCUCAGGAGAAGGAUGAAAGGAACUACCACGUGUUUUAUUAUUUGCUGCUCGGUGUCAGUGAGGAAGAACGCCAAGAAUUUCAGCUCAAGCAGCCUGAAGAUUAUUUCUACCUCAACCAGCAUAACUUGAAGAUCGAAGAUGGAGAAGACCUGAAGCACGACUUUGAAAGACUCAAGCAGGCCAUGGAGAUGGUGGGCUUCCUCCCUGCCACCAAGAAGCAGAUUUUUUCUGUUCUCUCAGCCAUCCUGUACCUGGGUAAUGUCAGUUACAAGAAGAGAGCCAUGGGCCGCGAGGAAGGCCUGGAGGUUGGGCCCCCUGAGGUGCUGGACACACUGUCCCAGCUUCUAAAGGUGAAGCGAGAAAUCUUGGUGGAAGUCCUGACCAAAAGAAAAACAGUGACUGUCAAUGACAAGCUCAUUCUCCCCUACAGUCUCAGUGAGGCCAUAACUGCCCGCGACUCCAUGGCAAAGUCACUGUACAGUGCCCUGUUCGACUGGAUUGUGCUGCGGAUCAACCAUGCCCUCCUCAACAAGAAGGAUAUGGAAGAGGCAGUCUCGUGCUUGUCCAUCGGGGUCCUCGACAUCUUUGGCUUUGAAGACUUUGAGAGGAACAGUUUUGAACAGUUCUGCAUCAACUAUGCCAACGAGCAGCUUCAGUAUUACUUUAAUCAGCACAUUUUCAAACUAGAGCAGGAAGAGUAUCAGAGUGAAGGGAUCACGUGGCACAACAUCGACUACACGGACAAUGUCGGCUGCAUCCACCUCAUCAGCAAGAAGCCCACUGGCCUCUUCUACCUGCUGGACGAGGAGAGCAACUUCCCGCACGCCACAAGCCAGACCCUGCUGGCCAAGUUCAAGCAGCAGCACGAAUACAACAAGUACUUCCUGGGUACCCCGGUCAUGGAGCCAGCCUUCAUCAUCCAACACUUCGCUGGGAAAGUUAAGUACCAGAUCAAGGACUUCCGGGAGAAGAACAUGGACUACAUGCGGCCCGACAUCGUGGCCCUGCUGCGGGGCAGCGACAGCUCCUAUGUGCGUGAGCUCAUCGGCAUGGACCCUGUGGCUGUGUUCCGCUGGGCUGUGCUCCGCGCUGCCAUCCGGGCCAUGGCCGUGCUCCGGGAGGCUGGGCGCCUACGUGCCGAGAGGGCUGAGAAGGCUGCAGCAGGUCUGGGCAGCCCUGGUGCCCAAAGCCACCUGGGAGAGCCACCAAGAGGAGCCAACACCCCCUCGGAAAAACUUUACCGCUGCUCAAUGCUAGAUUUCUCAUUUGACGGCUCUGAGGAGUUCGAUAUUAACGCUUUUGAGGACAUCAUUGCUUUCUAUGAGAGCAAGAACGAUUUGCAUAACCAAAUCAUCAAGAGCAUCAAAGGACUGCCCUGGCAGGGCGAGGACCCCCGUAGUCUUCUCCAGUCCCUCAGUCGGCUUCAGAAACCCCGCACCUUCGUCCUGAAAAGUAGAGGUAUCAAACAAAAGCAGACCAUUCCAAAGAACCUGCUGGACUCCAAGUCCCUGAAACUGAUCAUUAGCAUGACCCUGCAUGACCGCACCACCAAGUCCCUGCUGCACCUGCACAAGAAGAAGAAGCCACCAAGCAUCAGCGCCCAGUUCCAGACAUCCCUGAACAAGCUCCUGGAGACCCUGGGGAAGGCAGAGCCCUUCUUCAUCCGCUGCAUCCGCUCCAACGCUGAGAAGAGAGAGCUGUGCUUCGACGAGGAGCUGGUGCUGCAGCAGCUGCGCUACACGGGCAUGCUGGAGACCGUGCGCAUCCGGAGGUCGGGCUACAGCGCCAAGUACACCUUUCAGGAUUUCACAGAGCAGUUCCAGGUGCUGUUGCCCAAGAACACCCAGCCUUGCAGGGAGGUCAUCUCCGCACUGCUGGAGAAGAUGAACGUAGACAGAAGGAGCUACCAGAUCGGCAAGACCAAGGUCUUCCUGAAGGAGACAGAGCGGCAGGCCCUUCAGGAGACACUGCAUCGGGAGGUCGUGCGCAAGAUCCUGCUCCUGCAGAGCUGGUUCCGGAUGGUGCUGGAACGGCGGCAGUUCCUACAGAUGAAGCGGGCAGCUGUCACCAUCCAGGCCUGCUGGCGGUCCUAUCGGGUCCGGCGGGUGCUGGAGAGGACGCAGGCAGCCGUGUACCUCCAGGCGGCCUGGAGGGGCUACCGGCAGCGGACUGCCUACCAGCGCCAGAGACAGGGCAUCAUCCGCCUGCAGAGCCUCUGCCGCGGGCAUCUGCAGCGCAAGAGCUUCAGCAAGAUGGUCGCAGAGAAGCAGCAGGCAGGAGAGAAGGAGAGGGAAGCCCAGCAGGCCGCCAGGGUGGGGACCACAGAGGGCCGGUGGGGCCAGGUGGCCAGCAGGGAGCAGGAGGCCGAGCAGCGCCCGGAGACGUCGGACAGUGAGCACCUGGUGUUGGAGCCUGAAGCGUGGCCGAGUGAUGAGUCCCCGGUGGGGAUCUCCCUACCUGAGAAGGAGGCACUGACCCCAGAGAAGGAGGUGGUGAGCCCAGAGAAGGUGCCCCCAUCCCAGAAAAACUUGACAGCCGAAAGUCACGAGAAAGUCCCCAGCAGCCGGGAGAAACGCGAGUCCCGUCGACAGAGAGGGCUGGAGCACGUGAAAUUCCAGAACAAACAUAGCCAGUCCUGUAAGGAAGAGAGUGCCCUCAAAGAACCUUCUAGAAGGGCUGUCCCAGAACAAGGGAAGAGCCUCCCAGAAGACAAAAAGGAGAGCAGAGAUGAAACCCCUACAGAUGCAGGGACAGAGGCCCAGGAGGCUUCUAAAAGGCAGUCCACAGAGCAACCGCAGGCCAUAGCGGCCAGCCAGAUCUCCGGAGAAACAGAGCAGGUGCCCCAAGGUGGGAGCCCUAGGCCAGGCCAUGUGGAACGGCCCACAAGCCUGGCCCUGGACAGCAGGGUUGGCCCACCAGCCCCCGGCAGCACCCCUGAGACCCCCAAGGACAGGACCAAGCUGAGUGGCACUCCAAGGGGUCAAGACGGGCCCGAGAGCCCCGGAGGCCCCACGCAGAUCCAGCGGCACCGCGACCAGGAUGCUGAGCGGCUGGCCACUGCUGUGGAGCUGUGGCGGGGCAAGAAGCUGAUGGCAGCCACCAGCCCCAGUACCAUGCUGAGCCAGUCGCUGGACCUCAGUGACAGGCACCGGGCAGUGGGGACCACCCUCAUGUCCACAGAGGAGAGGCGCAUCUCCUUAUCCACCAGCGAUGUCUCCAAGCUCCUCCCAUUCCCGGCCAAGGCUCAGCCUUCAACAGAAGCCACAGAUGGGGAACCAAGCACCAAGAAGCCAGCCGUCCAGAAGAAGAAAUCAGGCGAUGCAGCCUCUGGCACAGAUGCAGGGCUGUCCCCAGGCUCCCAGGCUGACUCUAAAUCCACAUUUAAGAGACUUUUCCUGCAUAAAACCAAGGAUAAAAAAUACAGCCUGGAGGGCGUGGAGGAGAUGGAGAACACGGUGUCUGGGCACGCUGUGCUAGAAGCCACCACCACGAAGAAGGGUCUAGAAGCCCCUUCUGGCCACCAGCAGCGCCACGCAGCAGGCGAGAAGCACACCAAGGAGCCAGGAGGCAAAGGGAAAAGGAACCGAAACCUCAAGAUUGGCAAAAUCACGGUGUCGGAGAAGUGGCGGGAAUCGGUGUUCCGCAAGAUCACCAAUGCCAACGAGCUCAAAUACCUGGAUGAGUUCCUGCUCAACAAGAUAAAUGAUCUGCGCUCCCAGAAGACUCCCAUCGAGAGCUUAUUUAUUGAAGCCACCGAGAAGUUCAGGAGCAACAUCAAAACCAUGUACUCCGUCCCCAACGGGAAGAUCCACGUCGGAUACAAGGACCUGAUGGAGAACUACCAGAUCGUCGUCAGCAACCUGGCCACUGAGCGCGGCGAGAAGGACACCAACCUGGUCCUCAACCUAUUCCAGUCGCUGCUGGAUGAGUUCACCCGUGGCUACACCAAGAAUGACUUUGAACCCACAAAGCAGAGCAAAGCUCAGAAGAAGAAGCGGAAGCAGGAGCGUGCUGUCCAGGAACACAACGGGCAUGUGUUUGCCAGCUACCAGGUGAGCAUCCCACAGUCUUGCGAGCAGUGCCUCUCCUACAUCUGGCUCAUGGACAAGGCUCUGCUGUGCAGUGUGUGCAAGAUGACCUGCCACAAGAAGUGUGUGCACAAGAUUCAGAACUACUGCACCUACAAGUGCGGGAGGAAGAGUGAGGCAGGCGCUGAGCCAGGCCACUUUGGCGUGUGCGUGGAUAGCCUGACCAGCGACAAGGCCUCGGUGCCCAUCGUGCUGGAGAAGCUUCUGGAACACGUAGAGAUGCACGGCCUAUACACUGAGGGCCUCUAUCGGAAGUCGGGAGCCGCCAACCGCACGAGGGAGCUCCGGCAGGCGCUGCAGACAGACCCCUCGGCGGUCAAGCUGGAGAACUUCCCCAUCCACGCCAUCACCGGCGUGCUGAAACAGUGGCUGCGGGAGCUGCCUGAGCCCCUCAUGACCUUUGCCCAGUACGGUGACUUCCUCCGUGCCGUCGAGCUGCCGGAGAAGCAGGAGCAGCUGGCCGCCAUCUACGCCGCCCUGGAGCACCUGCCCGAGGCCAACCACAACUCCCUGGAGCGGCUCAUCUUCCAUCUGGUCAAGGUGGCCCUGCUUGAAGAUGUGAACCGCAUGUCACCCGGCGCACUGGCCAUCAUCUUUGCACCCUGCCUCCUGCGCUGCCCUGACAGCUCAGACCCGCUGGCCAGCAUGAAGGAUGUCCUCAAGAUCACCACGUGCGUGGAGAUGCUGAUCAAGGAGCAGAUGAGGAAGUACAGAGUCAAGAUGGAAGAGAUCAAUCAGCUAGAGGCCGCAGAGAGCAUCGCCUUCCGCAGGCUGUCACUCCUGCGACAAAAUGCUCCCUGGCCUCUCAAACUGGGGUUUUCAUCUCCCUAUGAGGGGGUCCUGAACAAGAGCCCCAAAGCCCGGGGGAGCCAGGAUGGCAGCCUGGAGGAACUGGAGGUACUGCCGGAGGAGGAGGCAGCCGGCGGCGAUGAGGACCGAGAGAAGGAGAUCCUCAUUGAGCGGAUCCAAUCUAUCAAGGAGGAGAAGGAGGACAUCACCUAUCGGCUGCCGGAGCUGGACCCUCGGGGCUCUGACGAGGAGAAUGUGGACUCAGAGACUUCGGCCAGCACUGAGAGCCUGCUGGAGGAGCGGGCUGGGCGGGGGGCCUUGGAAGGGCCCCCCGCACCUGCUCUCCCCUACCCCGGCGCACCCACCCCGAGCCCCCUCCCCAGGGUUGCUGCACCUCCACGACGAAGGCCGUCCUCCUUCAUAACGGUCAGAGUGAAGACCCCCCGGCGGACCCCCAUCAUGCCCACAGCCAACAUCAAGCUCCCACCUGGCCUGCCCUCCCACCUGGCUGGCCGGGGACCCAGAGUCCAGGAGGCCGCUGCCCCAGUGAGGCGCCGAGAGCCGCCUGCCCGCCGCCCGGACCAGGUACACUCCGUGUACGUCACACCCGGGGCAGACCUGCCUGUGCGGGGCACUCUGGAGCCCCUAGACGAGGAUGACCAGCUGCCUGGGGCCAAGCGGAGGUACUCGGACCCCCCAACAUACUGCCUGCCCCCAGCUUCGGGCCAGGCCAACAGCUGAGAGCCCAUGGCUGGCACAGUCUACAUGUCCAAGGACAGCCUGAGCUGGAGCUGGGCGCCGGAGCUGCAGAGCUGGCAUUCAGCUCUCAAAGGAUCCACAAUGAAAAGCUUCAAGAGUGAUGUUGGGUGGGCACCGGCUCCAAGCACAAAGUCAAGGCAGGGAGAGGCUGGCUGGGGCCAGGCCAUCCUGCUGCCCAGCCCCAAGUCACUGACACGCCUGCCCGGAGCCAAAUCGCAGCAGGCGGCUUUGCGCCCCCCCUCCCCUUUUGUACGUUUUUACAGUAGCUCUCUUUGUACGUGGUUUACAUAACUUUAAACUGUAACAGCCUUAACAGAAGACCAAAUUGUUUUUUAUACGUGUAUGUACAAACUUUUACAUUAACGCUGUGCGUCUCCCUUGUAAUCUGGACAUGAGCCGUCAGGGUUGAGGCUGCUCGGCCACCGGGCUUCUGAAGCUCAGACUGCAGUCUACUUGGAGGGCAGUCAGCAGGCUGGGACCCUGCACAAGGGCUUUGGACACGUGGGGCACCUGACCACCCAAGCCUGUCUCCAACGCGUGUCUCCAGCAGGCAGCCACCUGACUGAGGUGCAUUGCAGACAGCAUUGGAGCCUUCCAUGGGGGGUCGAGGCUGUUGGCUAGAGCCAGGACAUGAGUCGGGACAGCCUCCACCCCGAGUCAGCACAGACCUUGCAGCGUUCCAGGGAGACCUCAGUGUGGUCAUCACUCUUCUGUCCACAGUGCCCUGGACGCUGAGGGCUGGAGGACACCACCCUUGGCACUACCCGCCCUGUGUGACAGAACAGGAGCCAGUGACUCAGGACUGUUCACAGGCGGGGAGGGCAACCUUGAACUUGUAUGUACCUAUAGGUCAACAGUGACAGCCUGGUGAUCUCCAGAGUGGGGUUCUUGUCUCUCAGGCUCAGCCCACUCCCCAGACACUUGGACUCAUGGUCGCAGGUCUGGAAUGAUGGGUGCACCCGCACAACGUGUGAAAUAAAAAGUGCCUGAGAA